AAUGCGCAUGAGGAAUUCUCUGAAUUCAAAUUUUUAACACAACGGUUAAUGUAGAGGUUAAGUUCAACCUAUCUUCUUUCUUAUUUUGAAAAAAAUGAUACAAUUGAAGCUAAUAGCCGCCGCUUGUGAAGACUUGGGAAUAGGAUUGAACAACAAUUUACCAUGGAGAUUAAAAACAGAAAUGGCUUAUUUUACAAGGAUGACUGAGACCACCAAAAACGCAAACAAGAAGAAUGUUGUGAUUAUGGGUAGAAGAACUUGGGACAGUAUUCCACCAAAGUUUAAACCUUUAUCAAACAGGAUCAACUUUGUGCUAUCAAGAAGCCCACUUGCUAUUAGCGAAUUCAAAGAUUCAUAUUCAUUUCUGAGUUUGGAGAGUGCUGUAGAUGCCUUGAAGAGUUCUCAAUUUGCUGGUAAAUUUGAUAGUGUUUGGGUCAUUGGUGGCAGCCAAAUAUACAAACUUGCAAUGGAGAAUAAGUAUUUUUAUAGAAUGUACCUAACCAGGAUUAUGAAGUCAUUUGAGUGUGAUACAUUCUUGCCAGCAUUACCAGAAAAUCUUAGCGAAGUGCAGGAUCCUGAGGUGCCUGUAGAGGUUCAAUCAGAAAAUGGUAUAGAAUUCGUUUACAAGAUCUACGAAAAUCCAAAUAGCGUUGCUCAAGUAUGAAAGCGGUAAAUAAAUAACGUUUACAUAA